GACCCACCAAAGAGGUGUUUCGGGUCCGGUCACGCGUGACGGAACCCCUGGUACUGUAACCUCCUCGUCCGCCGGUUCCCGUUUCUUGGGUCAAACGUUUAACCCCAUGCGACCAUUGGCAGCCUUGCCCCUUUCGGCAGGCGUGGUAAUCGCAAUCGCAAAGGUCCCGAUCGGGCUCUUCGCUCUCGUAUACUUAACGGGCCUGGGGAAAUCCAAAUGAGGUCGAAACAACAGCUUGAAUCUCUGCCAGAGUUCAAGUCCCUGCUGGCGCGUCGGUCGCAGAGUCCUUUGCAUCCCCCAGGGUCAUAACUGAAGCGCGGAUCAUAUCCCCACCCUGCCUGUCCCAUCCCCCCGACCUUUUCCUCCCCACCGACAUGGACUUCUCUGCCGACUUUAGCGACAAGGCGCCGCGCACCCCGUCGCCCACCUCCGUUGGCUACUCCCCCUCCCCCUCUCCCCACCUGUCCCAAAACUUCAAGCCGGUCGAGGCCGACACUGUGCGCAUCUUCUCGCAGGACGACGACCAGUACGCCUGGGCUCACAAUAACAAUACCCAGGUUCUCCCGCCUGCCUCCUUCCCCCCUCCUUCCUCCGGCCGCCCCUCUCUGCUCUCGGAGCUGUACGAGAACGACGGUGGCAGCCCGGAGCAGAGCGACGUCUACAACGACGGCGAGUGGAACUCGACGUCCCCGCCGGGCACCACCGCCGGCGCCGGCGCGAGCUCGAACGGCGCGCCGUCCGCAUCGAGCGCGCGCACGCACGACUACACGCUCAUCCGGCGCGCGACGUUCCCGUAUGCGCGGCAGGAGCGGCCGGACGACGCGAUGGGCGUCUACCCCCCGCCGCCGUUCCUGCCCCCGCCGCACGCGUCGUCCCACCACGCGCACGGCGCGGGCCCGCUCUACAACGACGACGCGGCGGGCAUGCACGGCGCCGCCGAUGGGCCGUACGGCGGCGCAUCGGGGUACGGCUCGGAGUACGACUCGGGUGUGAAGGUGGAGGAUGGGAUGUACGGCGGGGCGGGGAGCCGGUUCUACGGCAGCCGCGGGCACGGGAUGCACUCGGGCCCAGGCAUUGUCGGGCCUGGUAUGCACGAUGUGCACGGCGGGCAUUCAUCGUAUGCCGGCCCCGGUGCCGGAUAUGGCGGCGGCAGUGCAAAUGGAGGACACAUGCACCACCACCACCUUCCUCCCCCGCACCCCCACCUCCCUGCGCACCACGGCGGCCACCACGGCCACCACGCGCCGCACGGGCACCCGUACCCGCCUCCGCUGCCGGUGCAGCACACGGACGACGCUGCAUCGAAGGAGACGCAGUACCUCCGCCGGCGGUGUUUCAACUGCCACACCACUGAGCCGCCGUCCUGGCGCCGCUCGACGCUCAACCCGGGCAAGAUCGUGUGCAACAAGUGCGGGCUGUACGAGCGGACCCAUCUGCGCGCGCGGCCGCUGCGCUUCGACGAGCUGCGGGCUGGCGGAAAGGGCCGCAAGAACUCCAAGGGUGUCUUGCCGGGCACUCCGCCGAUGGGUGCUGCUCCAGGCAGCCCGCCGAAAGGCCGCAAGGUUAUCGGCCGGAGGGGCAGUGUCAGCAGCAACGGGAGCAGCGUCCAGGGCGCCAGCGACUGGGACGACUCGGGCUCGAUGUAUUCAUCUGGACCGUCGUCUUCCCACCACUCUUCGUACCACCCCUCCCCAUCUCCGUCUCUCGGGCUAUCGCCGCACCCGCCCUCGCUGUCGCUGUCUGCGUCGAAUUCGUCUCACGGAUCUCCGCGGCGCGAUUCGCUCAGCCGCUCACCGCCUUUGAUGGGAUCGCCGCCGCACUCCGCCGGCCUGCUUGGCUCGCCUUCUCUGGGCAUCCGGCUGCCGCACGCGCCGGACAUCCCGUCGAUCCACCACGGCUCGCCGCGGAUGUCCUCGAUGCCUAUCCGCACGAAGCCGCGCUCGAAUACGACGGGCGGACUGGGGAUGGGCGGCGCGUUCUACGGCAGCGGUGCGAUCCACCCGGGGCUGCACCACUCGUCCAGCAGCUCGAGCCUGCACUCGAUCCACGACGCGCAUGCGCACUCGAGCCCGGCGAUACGGCACCAGGCGCUCGGCAGCCCUCCGAUGGGCCACAUGACGUGGGACGACGGGCUGGUCAAGGAAGAGCCCCGCAGUGUCCUCGUUUAAUCGUGGCGCUGCUGCUCGGAAAUCUGCCAUGUACUUUCUCUCCGCCCCUGCCCCUCAAAAUGCGACACCUUUAUUUAUUGCCACAUCACCUGUUACCCAUUUCAAGGUUCUAUAUACCACACACUGUACGCAAUUCAGCCAUUCCCCGAGAUGUAUCUUUAUCCUCUUCACUUCGUUCACCGUCGCUCGUUCGUUUCCGUUUUGAUCUUUUUUAUUACAUAGCUAUGCUCUUUUCCACUCUUACACCGGGGAUGUAGGGGUCCGGCCACGUAUUUAUCGCUAUCUGUAUGUUGUAACAACAAUUCGAUGCGACUGCCCAGGUACAUUCGUGCGAUCAGCAAAGCUUGAGUCAAAUGCAUUUCGCUCUGUGGAGAAACGUCUAAACCUUGCGUUUGUUUUUGUGUCAUUGCUCCAUUCGGACCCGAGCGAGAAAACGCAGAAAAAGCUCAUCUGAACUGGCGUGUUCCUGAGAAGAAGGGACGAAAUGCACGAGACACGUGAAUUUCCUUGUCAAAGACAAUUGCUCGCGCGCGUUGGCAGCCAUUCAGCUGACGCAUGGCGCGCUGACAUUGCGCGUGUAGCGGUGCGGCUCGCGCAUGACGUGCUCGCCACCGGCACCGGCACCCACCCUUGCCGUGCGGCAUUCUCCGACCGCGGCUCGACCCGAACCCCAGCGAUGCCCGUCCG